AUGGCCAGUCCACGCAAGCGCACUGCGCUCGUGCAGUACCCGCCCUCGCAGGCCUACGUCGUCGAGUCGCUCCGCACCGCCUUCGCUCGCCAGCUCCCCGACUGGUCGCUCCUCACUUCGCCCGCUCCAGACGGCACCAAGCCUGACCUGCAAUGGUCCGACUAUGACGAGCUCGACUGGGACAUCGCCAUGGACGACCGCACCCAGCUCAACUCGUUCGCCAUCCGCAAAGCGCUCAUCCGCAAGAGCAACCUCGCCCACACCAUCGCGAUGUACCUCUCGAAGAACCCGGACUCGCCCUUGCGCCGCGCCGCACCACCAACCUUCCACUUCACGUGCUCGUUCGCCGACGAGCUCGACGAGCUGCUCAUGGACGACCUGUACGAGGUCGACCAGUCGUUCACCGACGCAGAUCAAGGCGGCGAGGGCAAAUGGUGGAUCCUCAAGGCCGCCCUCGCCGACAAGGGCAACGGCAUCCGCCUCUUCAACUCGCGCGAGACGCUCGAGGACAUCUUCCAGGAGUUCGAGCCCGAGAGCGACGACGAGGAGGACGACGAGGAGGACCGCGACGAGGCCGACGAGCGACCAGAGCAGUCGAGGGCGGCCAUGUUCGGCGCCGACACUCGAGUCGACGCGACGCAGCUGCGAGAAUGGGUCAUCCAGGAAUACGUCGCAUCGCCUCUGCUGCUCGACCCGUCGCCGUCGUCCAAUUCGAGCGGGACCAAGUUCCAUCUGCGCGUUUACGUCGUCGCCGUCGGCGGCCUCGCCGUCUACGUCCACCACCCCUUCCUCGCCCUGUUCGCCUCGUCCCCUUACACCUCCCCCGCCGACACCGCCAACGAGAGCGGCGAGUUCGACCUGUCGGCCCACCUCACCAACACCUGCCUCCAGACGAGCGUCCUCGGCGAGCAGGCGCCGGCCAUCUCGGUCUCGACGCUGCAGGGCAUGCGGGACAAGGUCGUCCUCGGCGGCCCGCACGAGGGCGAGAAGCUCGGCGAGGAGCGGAUCGGGCUCAUCGAGGAGGGCGUGCGCGAGGCGGUGCGCGAGGUCUUCAAAGCGGCGGUCGGCGCCGGCUCGUCCUUCCAGGCCUUGCCCAACGCGUUCGAGAUCUUCGGCGUCGACUUCCUCGUCGACAGCGAGUUCCAGGUCUCGCUCCUCGAGAUCAACGCCUGCCCCGACUUUGGCCAGACCGGCGCCGAGUUGCAGAGCAUCAUCGACCACCUGUUCUCGUGCACGAUCGACGUCGCGGUCAAGCCCUUCUUUGCGCGGCAGCGCGAGGCGGCAGAGUCGAGCGAGGGAGCCGAGGAGCUCGUAGAUACGCUGGAGCGGCUCGAGGUCGGCGGGACGAGGGGCCUGCAGGAGGUCUUGCGCAUGGAAAUCAGCCGCGCCUGGUGAGCGAGCGCGCUCGUUCCCCUUCCUC